ACCGGCGGGUUUGCCACCCGAGCGAGACCGCGACCACAAAAUCGGGUUGGAGCCCGGCGCGCAACCUAUUGUUCGGACUCAAUGGCGGCUGACUCGGCCCGAUCUAGAUGAACUUCGACGCCAGCUGGACUACCUGCUCAAGAAAGGUUUCGUUCGCCCCAGCACUUCCCCGCUUGCAGCUCCGAUCCUGUUCACCCCGAAGAAAGAUGGCGGUCUACGAAUGUGUAUUGACUACUGCGCCUUGAAUCAGGUUACCAUCAAGUCCCGCUAUCCUAUCCCAUAUGCCGAUGAACUCAUCGACCAACUUCGUGGAGUCAAGUUCUUUUCGAAAAUUGACAUGCGAGGCGACAGCUUUCGGACCCAGUACGGGAGUUUUGAGUACACGGUUAUGCCAUUUGGCCUAACAAACGCGUCUUCGAUGUUCCAGUUAACCAUGAACGAGGUUUUUCGGCCGCUGCUGGAUAAAUGUGUCAUCGUGUACCUCGACGACAUCCUGAUCUACAGCACUAUUCGGGAGCAGCAUUUGAUGGAUUUGGAAGCAGUCUUCUCUGUCUUGCAGCAGCACCGACUCCGACAUCCUCACCGUCCAUUCGAGCUCGUCACCGACACUACUGAUCUGGCCGUUGGCGUAGUACUGUUACAAGACUUUGGCGAAGGCCUCCAACCCAUCGCGUACGAAUCACGAAAGCUGAACCCGGCCGAGCGAAAUUAUCAUGUUCACGACAAGGAGUUACUCGCCAUCGUUCACGCUUUCAAGGUCUGGCGGUACUACCUGACGGGCGCUGACUCUUCACGGCUUCGACCUGCUAGAUUGCUGCAGCCGCUCGAGCCACCCAGCCGACCCUGGCAACAAGUGACGAUGGAUUUCGUCACUGGCCUGCCAAAUGACCCAAGCGGUAACGACGCGAUUCUUGUCGUUGUUGACCGGUUGACCAAGAUGGCCCACUUCGCCGCCUGCAAGACAACGAUUACUGCCGAGCAGACAAUGAAACUGUUCCUCACAAACAUCGUGCGGCUACACGGCAUCCCAUCGGCAAUCAUCACCGAUCGUGACCUACGGUUCACGUCCAACUUCUAGACAAAAACCUGCAGCAGUGCG